GAAGACAACGUUCAUCACGACUCCGUCGGACGAGAAGGCGGACGCCGGACACACCGUCUCGUUCUCGUGCGAAGCAGACGGCGACGACGAGGCCGACAUCGAGAUCGACUGGCUGAAGGACGCUGAGAAGCUGGACUACGACAUCGUCAACCGCAUCGACGUUGACGAUGGACACACGCGCCUCACCGUCCGUGACGUCGUGUUCGCGGACCGCGGCGACUACACCUGCGUGGCGACCGCCUACAUCACGCUGGACGACGGCACGCGCGGCGCCCUCGACGAGAUCACCCACGUCGCCCAGCUCACCGUGCAAGGUACCCCCGGACCCUCCGGAGGGCACGUACCUGCACGACUGUGACGUGAAGACAGCCGUCAUCAUGUGGCAGCCGGGCAAGGCCAACGACUCGCCCAUACGCCGCUUCCACAUCCAGUACCAGGCCGACUUCAGACCCGGAGAGUGGCAGGACGUCGCCUCUACGGGGGAUGCCGUCACGUUGGAGUAUCGUGUGAACGUGCCUCCGUGGGGUAACUACACCUUCCGCGUGCUCGCGGAGAACGACAAAGGCAAGAGCGUGCCUAGUGAGGAGACGGACGUGUGCAGGACGGUCGCCGCGCCGCCGCGCACAAACCCGACCAACGUGAAGGGCAACGGCACCGACCCCAACAACCUGGUCAUAAGCUGGACGCCGAUGGACCGCGCGGAGCACAACGGGCCGGGAUUCUUCUACCAGCUGAAGUACCGCAAGCACGACGACGACAACCCCGACGGAGAGUGGACGGUGGUCAACAUCACGGACCCGGACAAUAGCUCGCUGACCGUCGAGCCGACCGACACCUACCAGCCGUACGACAUCGAGGUCAUGGCGUUCAACGACAAGGGCCCCGCGACCCUGCCGCCGAUACAGAUGGUCGGAUACUCCGGCGAGGACAAGCCGACGGUCGUGCCUCAGAACUUCAACGUGACGGCCGUGCUCGGCCCCAGGACGGCCGAGUUUGUCUGGGACCCAGUAGAUGGCAGUGUGGAGAACAUCAAGGGAGCAUUCGUCGGUUACAAGGUACGCGAGAGCUGGAAGCGGGGAAAUGCAGUAACGCGAGGCGGGGGAGAUGACGAGAGCAGGACGAGUGCGGAGAGAAGAUGA